GAGCGAAGACAUAGGUACCCGCUGCAGAACCAGUCUCGUUCUAUACGCAUUCAUCUCACCAUGGCCGAAGAUAUGUAGUGAACACUAAACCAAAGUUCAAUAAUAAUUAUUAUUAUUAAUCUAUCUUGAAAAUGUUCGUAUAAAACAUCGUAAUAUUAUCAUAAUAUAAAUAAUACAAUAUACCGCCGACGUAAGGUAAAAAUGAUUUAUCGUAUUAUAUAGUGUAGAUAAUGUGCUGUUAUUUAUUACCACGAGACGUGACAGAAUAAUUUCAUUAAAUACUAUUUAUUGGCUCGAAAAGUGCGAGGCUUAUUCAGAGUACAUGUUAAUUGUUUGACUUAAUUUAACGUACCCUAAUUACUGUGACCGUAUUACACUGAUCAAUCAAUUAAGGUAGGUACGUGAUGUAUUAAAAAUUAAAUGAAAGAUAUGUACGAUGCAUUUAAUUGCGCGCAGUUUAUUAAAAGCUUAAUAGAUAUUAAGAUAAAAAUAUAUUCAUAGAUACAAUUUUAAAGCAAAAAAAUGCAUUUUUCAGAAUAAAAAUAAAUUGAUCUAAUUGAUUUGUUUAUCGGUAGUUUUGUUUGUAAUUUUUUUUAUACCAAUUGUAAAUUUGAUAUUAUAAUGAAAAAGAAAAAAAUAAUAUACUUAGGGACUUACAUAAUUAUUAAUAACUAUUAAUAAUAACCAGAUACCGGUGUUGACCUUGCAAAUGUAUACAUGCCUAACCGUACAUUUGAAUACAUUGCUUAUGCACAUAAUUGUGUUAACAAUAAUUUUUAUAAAUCAUAACUGGUAUGAAAAUAAUUCGAAAUAAGCAUAAUAUCCAUAUGCAUAGGUAUGGUUGUGUACAUACAAGUAUAAAUAUAUUAUUGUUUUUAUUAUUCGAAAAAAUGUGUUUCAUAUAGGUAAUGUAAAAAUGAAAACACCGUAUUCAUUUGUUAGUUCUCAUUGUAAAUUGUACGUAGAUAAGUAUACAAUAUAUACAUACCUACCAACAUUUCGUAAUGCUUUUAUUUUGUAGAGCAAGACGUUUUACUGACCACAAAAAAUUCCUUCAGCUAUACGAUUGUCAUUCAUAUUUAGGUUAAAUUAAUACAAACAGUUUAUUUAGCUUAUAUUUCGUAUUGUUGCUGACAUUAGACUGAGAGAUGAUGGGAAUCGAACAAUAGAAAGUUUCUUCAACAUUUUCCGCAUUAUCGCCAUUGAAUUCAUUUUUAUUUCCUAUUCAAUUUACAGUUAGUUGUAACAAUAUAUGAUACUGCAAUCAUUUUUAAAUUACAAUCACUAACAAUUUACCUGUAUAUAUAGGUAUACUCUAUAUACUAGUAUUAUUUAGUGUACCGAAUUUAAAAAAAAAAAAAAAUACAUUUUUACGUUUAAUCUAAAGUAAAAAAAAGUUUUAUUUAUAAAUACAAUUGUAUUUUAUCUGUAUUAAUCAGUUGAUCGGUGUAUUUUCCAUAUAUUUUAUGUAUAUUUACAGACAGAACCCAAAAUUACAGUAGUAGCGAUUGUACAAUAAUACUUAAAAUUAAUUGAUUAGAAUCGUAAUGACUAGAUUCAAUAUAUAUAGGAGAGUUCAGAAGAGGGAUCGUGGUUUAUAGUGCAUACGAGUCGAAGAAAGAGACAAAAUAUAAAAGGAGUUUAAUUAAUUCAUGCCAAUUUAUCGUCGUGUAAAAAUGUAUGAAUAGUUACAUUUUUUUUUAAAUGUUUUGCGUUAUUUUUACUGUUGGUACAGUGGAACUAUUUAUUCGUUAACCAGUAUUCUGGUAAUAACUUGAAUAUAAAGCACUCGUAAAUUGAAUACAUUAUGUUAAAAAUUUAAUUUAUCAAUCGUUAGUUUAUCUUUACAUAAAUAUUUAAUACUAAAUUUAUCAAUAGAUAACAACAAGUUUUGGUGCAAUCGGGCAUAGGAGAAUUAGUUUUACCUGUUAGGUUAUUUGAGAAAAAAAGAAUUAUGGGCUCGUCUGCGAUCAGCCAGAGCUGUAGAAGACUUUGAAUUUGGGAGUAGCUUAUUUAUCUAAAAUAUAUGUAUUGCAAUAGAUUUACUUUUGAAACAAAAAAAUUAAUUCGAUAAGUAGGCAUCUAGGCUUUUAUAGUUCAUAUCUUCGAAUUUUUAUUUUUAUUUGGAAUUGUAUGUUUUAGAUUCAGAGUGGAGUGAAGAAGCUUUUGGUUUUACAAAGAUGUUUAUUUUUUUCUGUGGUCAACUUUUCUACCAGAACUCUAGCUUAAGUGUAGCACCUUUUUUUGAAAGAAAAUCGGACUGGGGAGGUACCUUAAAGAGGUCAUUUUUUGAUUUUCCCAGGAGUUUUACAAAUAAAUUGUAAAACCAGAAAAACAAUGGGGAAAUGUGUUAAAUUUUGGUUAUAGUUAAAAAAAAAUGACAUUUUUUUUCUGUCAACAAAUUUUCUACCAGUAAUAUUACUCUGAUCUACAAUGAUAGCGCUAUUAAUAUUACAUUUUUUGAUUCUUAUUUUUUUAAAACAGUUUAUCUUCGAGGGGGACAACGAUUUGGAGAAAAAUUAAAUUUUUAUUUUCAUCCCUUAAACACAAAAAAUUAACUAUUUAUUCACUUUAGAAAAUUUUCAAAAUAGCCAGCCAUUUUGUAAAAAAUUUUAUUCAUACAAUUUGAAUGUAUCAUAGCUGUUUUAAUUUCUAGAAAAUAGGCGUGAAAACAAUAAAUAUUCAACUGGAGAUAAAGAAUUACCGCGAUGGUUGUGAUUCCUUAUCGCAUAACGUGUUAUUUUAUUGAAUAUUAAUUAUUUUCACACCUAUUUUCUCGAAAUUAAAACGGCUGUAAGUAAGAAAUUAUUCAUUAGAUAAGAAUGCGUGAUAAAUUAAAAUUAUUUGAAUACAUUUUUUAUACAAAAUGACUAUUUUGAAAAUUUUCAAAAAAGAAUAAAUAAAGUUUUUUUUUUUGUAUUUAGGGGAUGAAAAUAAAAAUUUAAUUUUUCUCCAAAUCGAUGUUCCCUUCAAAGAUAAACCAACUAAAAUAAAGAAAUCGAAAAAGAAUUAAUAUAUAACAGUGCUACAAAAAUCCGUCAACACGGUGGGACACAUUGAAUGGUAUGUACUUUUGGUUUUUCGUUCAUUUAAAUAUUUACAUUUAUCGAAGUUAAGUAUAAAUUUUUUGUUCUUUUAUUGUUUAUAAUAAUUGUGUAAAAAUAUUACAUUUUCAUGUUUUCUUAGUUUUUUUUCGUCAAAUGUCUAUAAAAUAAUUUCGCCUAAUUAGAAAAUCUUCGCAAUUUAUAACAACGUUUCUCAUACAUUUCUCUACCCAGUGGCGUACGCAGGAGGGGGAGGUUAGGGGUUAUAUCCUCCUCCAUCGGCUUAAAAUUACAUCAAAAUAUGAGUAAUCUAAUAUCGAGACAUACAUUUCAGCCGAUUUCCGAGGAGAAGCAUGAUGUAUUGAUUGGAAAUUUGCAUUUUUUUACGAUCCGGCUUUUAAAUUAUCGAUUCCCAUAGUCGAGUUUGGUAGAGAAGAUGAUUUUACUCUUUAUUCACUAUUUUUAUUUGUUACAUCAUCUCCCAUUGAAAAUGUGACGAUUUACCGCAAUCUAUAAAAGCACAUAUUUUUUAUUAAAACAAAAACCAAAUUAUAAUUAGAAUAUUUUAGAAUAAUAGAAAGAAGUAAGGCAUAAUUCUAGUUUAUCAACCACAUAAUUUUUUGGGUUUUUUUUUUCCAAAAAGUGUAUUUUUGCGUGUACAUUAAGUAUUUAAAAAAAAAAAUGUCGGACGAACUUCGUUUAGAAGUGUUGGGGGAAAACUUCAUGAAGUACGGGUUUUCUUUUUCGCGUAUUUCUUAGUUAGAAUUUAACAUUUUUAAAAUUUUUUUUGCCAAAAUAUUUGUUUUUAGACGUUUAAUCUAUUGAUAUAAUCAAAACGUAUUUAUAAUAUUUAUAAAAAUUUUUAAAAAAUUAAACUUUUUAACAAAAGUUUUAGAGUUAUAUAUGUUCAAACGUGACGUGCUAAUGAGAAGCGAGCGAGCGAGUGAUCAUAUUGGGUCUCUAAUUUCACCUAUAUGCUUUUCACUUUUCUUUGUUACCUAUCCGACAUGGCACAACAAAUCGAGGGUUAUUUUUGAUUAAAAUUGUCCGAUUGAGUGCAACAAAAUAUGGUACGUUUGAAUGUAUGUAACUCUAAUACUAAGCCAAAUAUACUUAUUCUUCAAUAAAAAAAAUGUUUAAUCUAAAUAAUAAAAAUGUUUAUUUUGACCACAUUCUGGAUUAAUUUCAAAAAUGCUUUUUUUUAAGGUUUUUAUAAAAAAAACUUUAAAAGUAAGUAUGAUGGGUACGUUUUGAUUACACCAAUAGAUUUGCGUCUAUAAACACACAUUUUGGAAAAAAAAAAAAAAUUCAAAACUGUUAAAUUCUAACUAUGAAAUACGCGAAAAAGAAAACCCGUUUUUCAUGAAGUUUUCCCCCAUAAUUUCCAAACGAAGUUCGCCCGAUAUUUUUUUACAUUCUUAAUGUACACUCAAAAAUACACAUUUUGGAAAAAAAAAACCGAAAUAUCGUGUGUUUGCUAAACUAGAAUCGUUCCAGAAGUAAGAACAGUUUGUAUAGUUGAAACUGUCGAAUCGGUUAAAUGAAAUAUUAUCAUUUAUCACUUAUCAAAACUGUUAUAAACACUGAAACAAAAUCAAACCAGCACCAUAAUCAUGGUUAACGAAAACUACUCUAGCGCUCUCUGAUUUCAGCGUACCACACUAUUAUUCUUGGGCUCCCAUUACAUCAAUGAUUAUCUAAUGAUUUCUUAUUAACAGUUUUUAACGUUGCGUGAGAUAUCUAUGUAUAUUUAAUGAAUGGUAUUAGUUAAAAUAUAUUAUGGCCUUCUUUUUUCCUGUGAACAACUUUUCUCCCAGCAAUUUUGCUUUAAUUUAUAAUGAUAGCAAUAUUUCUAAAAGAAAAUCUGACUGGGGGGGGGGUAUUUUAGAGAGGUAAUUUUUCGAUUUUCCAGGCAAAUUUGAAAAACCUGGAUAAAACAUGGGAAAACCGAAAAAGUUUAGGUGUAAAAUCGAUACAACAUUAAACAAAUAUUAUUGACAAAAAUAUAGAAAGCCUAUUUAGUUAUUUUACUAUAUAAUGAUAUAUAUAUAUUGUUAACAAAGCAUCAUUAUCAACUGAACUCCGCUCAGAAUCGUUUUUUCGUAAUAAAUGGUUUAUCGUUGCCUAUAGGUAUACAUUAAAUUACCUAAAACAGUGGCUGCACCCGUCUCUAUUAUUCUAGGAUGUCUUUUUAAAGAAUCAUUGUUUUGUUUAUAGAAAUUUAAGAAAUAUUUAAUAUCACUAAAUCAAAUUAUUCCCUCGAUAUACUGACCGUUUGUCUUUAAAAUUGAUGAAAGAAGCAUAUUGAAACAAAAUUGUGUCUAUGAAUUUAAUGCGCAAUAUAAUUAAUAUUUCAUGUUAGGUACUUCCGAUGACCUGUGUCUGUGAGCAUGGUACAUUAAAAAUGUACUGACAAUAAUAAUUAUUCACAAUAGCUCUUAAUUAUUGUUCAUAAACUUAAUAUGUAGGUUCGUUUAUUAGUUUUGAUCUGUGUAUAAAUGCAAAUAUGAAGUAUCUAACAUUCUACUGCGUAAUUAUUGGUCCGUGCCAUUUUAACUAGACAGUCUUAGUUUUACAAGACUAAUAAAUAUUAUUUUUAUUUUCUAGUUUCUACAUUAUUGUAAUGAUAAUCGCUUAAAUUUAAACUUUAUAUCACGUACUUGCAAUAGCGCAUUGUCGUAGGUUAGUAUAGGCAACUAAAUAAUCUCUAUUUUAUAUGGACAUAAGUAUACAUCUAUGUAUAAAUUUCGACGUGUCUUUGUUCGGUAAAUAAAUAGGCUUUGGCUAAUCUGGAACCUCUGCAAAUAUUAACACAAUGAAAUUGAUGAAACGUGAAACUAUAUAAUAUGUAUAUGUCUCGUCUAGAAUUUCAUUUUAAAGAGUUGAAAAUAUAUUCUCUAGUUCACCGACCUGUAGACAAUGAAGGGUCAGCUAUCAAGAUUACUACUGUUACUCGCGUUCCUGUCUUCAACGUCUUCUACGUGCUACGAGCCGACCGACUCCGAUCCGUACUUGUAUUUUUCGCACAAGACUGCGUAUCAGCUUAUAUACAACUCCAAGUUCAAACCGGUGCCUUGUAAGUUUCUAUAAUUAUAACAUACAGAUUAUUUAUAUUAGCAAAACUCAGAAAGUCAAUAUGGUUACACAGUUAAUUAUUGAGUUUGGUUUUUACCGUACAGUACUCAAACGUCUUAUCUUUAUCUCAUUCAUUAUAAUAUGAUAUCAUGAUAACAGUCCGUUAAAAAAUAACUCCAACACGAUAAUCUAGAGAUUAUUGUUCUUUUUUUUCAUUUUCACGAUUUCUUUUGAUUCGUGUAAGGUUCAUAUUACCCCAUUGGAUCUAUUUUAAAACCAGUAAUAUAUAUAUGUAGAUAGUAAUAUAGAUAUAAGUAUUUUCCAAUUAUAUCUUGAUUUCCAAUGACAAUUAUUUUCAAAUGUACUAAACUCACAAUCUGUAAUCUAAAGUUAAAAUAAUCUCACAACUUUGGUAUAAAUCAACUAAUAUUUUAUAGAUUCUUGUAUUUUAUAGAUUCAGUAUUUAUUAACUAAAUACUAAAAUGUAAAUAUUUUUUUUUUUUUUUUUGUAUAUUUAGAACCUAUAAAAUGUAAUCACAAUGUAACCAAUGAAAAAUAUAAAUAAAUGUUAAUAAAAUUUGAAUAUUAUUUAAUUUAGACUGCCGCCCGACGUUCGUAUGGAUGUUUAUUAGACACGGUACGAGUUAUCCGAAUUCCAAUGAGUCUUUUGCCAUCCGUCAACUGCACCAAUUUAAAGAAAGGGUGAUAAAAAAUCACGAACAACGUGGAGGUCCAUUUUUAGUUCUAUACGUAAUAUUGCAUAAUUUAGAAAUAUUAUUAUGUUAUUGGUAUUUUGCAGAUGGAAUGUUAUGUAGAAACGUACUUGAUAGUCUAAGACGUUGGGAAUUCGAAGUAAAUCCUGCUUCAGAAGAUGAUAUUUCACCUCAGGGUAAGAUGGACAUGCACUUAAUGGCAAAGAGAAUGAAAGACAAAAUGAGUGAAGUUUUAUUCAAUGAAAACAACCAAAACACAUAUAAAGUAAAUUAUUUAUACUAUUACUGCAUAAGUAUUGGAAACAAACUGUUUACUAUUGUUGCGUAUUAGAUUUAUUCUAGUGAAGACAAUAAAGUUAUAAAUAGUGCCGAAGAAUUUGCUAAAACUAUGUUCGGUGAAGACUAUAUAACUAAUGUUCCAAUCGAAAUAGUUCCCAACAAUUCAAGUUAUAUCGGGGUAUAUUAUUUAUUUACGUUAAUUUUGAAUGAAAGAUUAUAUUUAUUUGCACAAUAUUUUACUGAACCGGUCAUUUACGAUUUACAGUUAGAAUCUUGUCCCAAGUGGACCGAAGAAAUACAAAAUUCUGAAGCUUCGAUGUUUCUUAAAUCGCCGGAGUAUAUGAACAUGAUUAGCCAGAUAAGUAAAAGACUAGGGUUUUUAGACAAUAUAACCGAUGGUGAGUAUGGGCUGUUGCAGUUAUUACGGUCAUUAUCUUUGAAUGUCUGACCGGUUUCUAUUGCAGAAAUAAUUCUCGCGAUGUACGAAUCAUGCCGAUACAAUAAAGCGCUAGUGCUCGAAUCUUAUCCGGCUUGGUGUGGUUUGUUCACUAGACAAGAACUACAAGUAAGUUUUACCAGACUCGUAUAGGUAUCAAAUUGCAGUUUUUUUUUAUAUACUACCUAGUUUAAUUCUCACAUAUUUUAGCUUUUAGAGUAUUACGAAGAUUUGGACUAUUACUACAAGUAUGGAUAUGGAUCUGAAAUAAACGAAAAAGUUGGAUGCCCAAUUGCUCAAGAGUUAUUGGGAUAUUUAAAGUAAGAUUGUAAAAAUAAAUUAAAAUUCAUCAUACGAAUAAUUAAUUGAUUCGACGUAUUUUAUUAAAACAUUUUUUUUUUUUUUAGUGCUGUUGCAAAAGACGACCCCGAAAUACCUUCGGCGGUAUUCAGAUUUGGUUCCUCAGCCGGACUUAUGACUACAUUAUUGGCUUUGGGUAUAGUAAAAGAUUCAGUUCCUUUGACCCACACUAAUUACCAUGACCAGAAUCGUCGUCAAUGGAAAAUGUCACAGGUGGAUCCAUUUUCCGGUAAUUUAGCUGCAGUAUUUUACAAGUGAGUGUGUGUUCAUUUUAUAUUUACACAAAAAUAUUUUUUUUAUAAGUUCUAAAACACAACUGAAACAAAAUUUAAAUAAUUAUUAUUACAUUUACACAUUACACUAAUGAGAUACUAAUAUUAUGUGACAACUGACGCCUCUCACUGGUUUCACGAAUACUCAAAUAGCCCAUGCAUGCAGCUGUUCAAAAUGCGUCAUAACCAUUUUUGCACCAUCGAGUAAAACCAAAACCGAAUUAUUAUUGAAAUCUAACUUUUUUCCUGGUAAAUAUGAUUUUAAACAGAUAUUAGACAGUAUGUUCCAGAUAUUAUAUCGCACACUAAACUUAAUUUUGAGUUUUCCUAACCACAACAAUAUAUUAUGUUUACACGUACAAUUAUGACGUCUUGCAGUAUUAUAAUCGAUAUUCGAUGCGUAUGGACUACCUUGUAGUCUACCCAUGUUACCUGCAAUUAACUAAACGAACUAUAUGAAAUUAAUUAAUAUCGUGUGAUAUACCAUACACAAUAGCCUGCAGUAUUACUCAUACUAUAUACUUAUAAUGAUACUAUAAACUCAUUGUGUACGCGUGUACGGCGUGUAAAAUAUUUGAUCGUGAUAAUUCAAUAGAUUGUGUACAGAGUGAGUCUUUUAUCAGCGAUUACGACGUAUCCAAGACGGUUUUAAGUAAAUUUUAUUUUGCUUUUCAAUUAUUAAUUAUUUAUGAUCGAAUCGAUUGAUUAUCUUAUUGGCGUAUACAACAAUAUUUUCAAAAUCGUACCCUUAUCCCGGAUGAUAAGAGAUAUAUGAUAUGCCAUACAAUUACAUCGUCUAAACCAGCAUUUCUCAACCUUUUUAAUGUCACGAUCACCAAAAUAGGUAAAAAUAAAUUCGGUUACCUCAUGAUCCCCACCCCCUAUAUAAUAAAAACUAAUAAAUUAUAAAUUACAGUUUUAUCAAAUUUAUAAUAUAAUAUUGUUCUUGUAUUAAAAUUCUUCAUUUUUCUAAUUAUGGAAUAAGAUUAGUAAUUCUAUAAUAUAUAUAUAUAUAUAUGUAUAUAUUCCUAUAUGUAACACCUCAUAAGUGAAUUUGUCUAAUUCAUAAAACGCCAAAUGGGCAAUUUUUUGUCCGUUCCAAAAAUGGUCAAGUGAAUUGCCGAUUUCGUAAAUAAGGCUUCAAAAAUGCUGUUCGUUUCAUAAACUGACUACUGGCAUUCUUAGAAAUAAAACUCAAUACUAAACAUGCCCGUCGAACAUGUACAAGUAAAGACAACGAAAAUUAAUGUUUUUAGAUACAAAUUAAUGGUUUUUCAAAUUUAUUUAUUUUUGUGUUCAACGCAUAUAGUAUUAUUAAUAUUAAAUCUUUUCUUUUUUUUUUCAUUCAAUUCGCUUUCAAAAGUAUAAAAGUAAUUAAUAAUAGUACAAAAUGUAUGUAACAAUCCAUAGUUUGCUCGAUUCACAAAGUGGGCAAAUUAUUCGCCGUGGUUUUUUUUUUUUUUGGCUAUUUCAACAAUCCGCAAUCGAAUGUUUCUCGAAACCGUCUUCGACACGUGCCUGUCUACUGUAUACGACGCACAAUCGCCCUGUAUAAUCGUGAUUUACGCGAAUUAUAAAAAAACAAUUUCUAUUCCGUCCGCGUGGCUACUAUUUAUUAAACAAUAAUAUUAUACAUGUACACGUUACAGGUGUGACCAGGGCGGCGAAGAGAACAAAGUAAUGUUCUAUUUGAACGAAGGCGUGUACGAUUACCCGGGGUGUAACGUCGGUUUGUGCUCUUGGAGAUUCAUCGAGAACAAUUUCAAAGAGUAUCUCGAGCCGAACGGCUGCCACGAAGUGUGUCACGACGAAAGUCGAGCGUCCGGCGUACGGCUCUCCGCCGUUAUUUUGGUGACCGCGUUGCUUUCGGCCGCGCUCGCUCUUCCGCGCGUUUAAAAAAAAUAUCCAAGACGUGUGUGAUUUUUUUUUUUUUUUUUCUAAAUUUAUUUGGCUGUGUCAUAAUAUCGGUAAUGUUUUCUGGCGAUUAACGUACCGUGAAAAAAAAAAAAAAAUUAGGUUUAUCCGAAAUAACAAAUAAAACGACAUGAUAUUAUUAUCUAUUAUUUAAUCGCCCCGUGUAAUACGAGUGCGUAUUAUUUAACGGUGUGUCCCCCGUGUACACCGUGCCGUUAUACAAUACCGUCCGAACUCUCGUGUACGCAUAUUUGUUUUUUUGAAAAUACAAAAGAAAAACACUCCUAUCCGGUAUAAAAAAAAAAAAAAAAAAAAACACGCCGGUUAUUAUAAUGUAAAUGACUGCUGUCUACUAAAUUGUUUUUAUUUUCUUGUAUGUGUUUUUCGUCGCGGGUUUCGAAGACACAGUCCUAUAUGUACUCGCGUAUACUUUGUUUUUGAAUUCAUCACUUUUUAUUUUUUUGUUUUCAAUAUAUAAACCAGGUAUAUGUAAUGAUAUUCGUUUACUUGAACUAUUCGAAACGUUUUAAGACUUAUUUAAAAUAUUAUUACACACGGAUUUUUAGUUUAUAUACUUAUACAGUUUUUCGUAUUACUAUUUUAUACGUUUAUGUAAUAAUAAUAUUAUUUUGUUAUGUUUGUAAAAGUGAUUUUACAUAGGUACCUGUAAAGACUAUUGAACGCGUCGUAUGAGUCCACUUAGUUUUGUUUAUUUUUAUAUUUAUUAUUUAAUAAAAACACGCAGGACUUGUUUUUUAAUAACGAUUAUAUUAUAUUAUCUAUUGCGUCG